GCCCAGUUCAUAUCCACAACCUCAGUUCAUUUCUUAUCUAAGCCACGCCACAACGACCUGUUUUCCUCGUUACGGGAGAGAGCUAUCUGAAGUCAUAAGCUUGCUAGCUAUGGCAAACUCGGAGGCCAGAACGAGUAUUGAUGCUGCUCCAGCAUUAAAAGAUGAGUAUGAUGUGUUCCUGAAUUUCAGAGGAGAGGACACUCGUCAUAAUUUCACUGACUUCCUCUAUGACCGAUUGGUAGAUGCCGGAGUCCAUGUAUUCAGGGAUGAAGAAAAACUUCCCGUCGGUGAAGAGAUUGGUGGCAACCUUCUACAUGCUAUCAACAGCUGCACACUCUACAUACCCAUCUUCUCUCCGACUUAUGCUUCUAGUAAAUGGUGCCUCCGUGAACUUGUGCACAUAAGACACAACUUCUCUGAGUCGGAGGGUCAAAAAAGUAUUUUUCCCAUUUUUUUUCAUGUGGAACCUAAUGAUAUUAAGCUCAAGACUCAACUGUACACUGAAGACUUUUCGAGGCAUGAGAAAGAGUCUCCUAAGGAAGUCGAGGCGUGGAGAGAGGCUCUGGCGAAGGUCGAUGAAAUCAAGGGAUGGAAGGUGAAAAAGGACCAAAGCCAAGCAACAAUUGUCAAAUUGGUUGUUGAAAAGGUUUUGAAGGAGUUGAAGAUUAAACAAAAAUCAGUGCCUAAACAUUUAGUUGGACAUGAUGAUCGGGUAAAUGACUUGACAGAAUUAUUAGAUGUGAAACAACUUGAUGUGCGGUUCAUUGAAAUUUACGGAAUGGGUGGUAUGGGUAAAACAACUAUUGCCAAGGUCCUCUUCAAUAAACUAUGUGCCCACUUUGGAAAGUAUUGUAGCUUCCUUGAGGAUGUUCGAGAAAGGUCGACCAAAGAGGGCAUAGUUCAGUUGCAGAAGAAAAUAAUAUCUGACAUUGGUGGUUUUGGAUCUGUAGAGAAAAUCGACGAUUGUGAAGAAGGAAUGAGGAGGAUUGGAGCAACACUCAGUAAUAAGAAAGUCCUUGUGGUCCUCGAUGAUGUUGAUGAGAAAGUGCCCAUCAAGAGUCUUAUAGGAAAUUCCAAAUUAGUUCAAGGAUCUAGGAUAAUCAUUACUACGAGAGAUAAAGAUAUUCUUCCAGUUGGGGGAUUUGAAGGUGAUAUUCAUCCAUAUGAGAUUCUAAAGAUGGAUGAUACUCCUGCGCUUCAGCUUUUUUGUUGGCAUGCCUUUGAUAGAGACUUUCCUUCGGAUGAUUAUCAUGAACGUUCAUGUGAAAUUGUCUUACUUAUGGAAGGGCUUCCUUUGGCAAUUGAAGUGGUAGGUUCAUUGCUUAAGGGGAAAAAGGAAGAUUUUUGGGAUAAUAUGUUGGUCAUGUUAAGGGAAGAACCUGGGAAAAAGAUUCUAGAUAAGUUGAAAAUUAGCUAUGAUGACCUAGAAUAUGGUGAACAACAAAUUUUUCUCGAUAUAGCAUGCUUCCUUUUCAAUGAGAAGAAAACUGAUGCAACUUACAUAUGGGACGAUUGUAAAUUUUUUCCUGCAAUAGGAAUUGAUGUUCUUACCAAGAGGUGCUUGAUAAAGAUAUUGGAUAACAAUAAGUUGUGGAUGCAUAAUCAAUUAAUAAACCUGGGAAAGCAUAUUGUCCGUCAAGAAAGUCCAUCCAACCCAGGAAAGCGGAGUAGGUUGUGGGUUGCAGAAGAGGCCCGCGGAGUCAUAAAAAGCAAAGAGAGGAAGGAAGAGGUUCAAGGGAUCGACAUAGAUGGAUUGAAUUACACCAUAGAGAUUAAACAUGAAGAGUUUGAAAGGUUAGAAAACCUAAGACUCCUCAAGUUAGGCAACGGAACUUAUGCUGCAGACUUUGCAGAGUGUUGUUCAAAGUUGAGAUGGAUUUCUUGGCAUUCUCCUCAUUGGGAUUUGAGGGGAGACAAUAUGUAUUUGAAUCAUCUUGUUGUUUUUAAACUUCACAAUGCUAGCUUCACCGAUGAUGCAAAAGCAUGGGACUUGAUCAAGAUGGCACGGAAUUUGAAAGUUUUGGCUCUUACUCAAUGUGGUGGCAUAACGACAAUCCCAGACUUCUCUAAAUGCUUAAGUUUAAAGAGGUUGACUCUUGCGCACUGCAACAGGCUAAAGAGAAUUGAAAGCUUCAUUAGAGAUAUAGAGUUGUUGAUUGAGUUAGAGAUUGAAUGGUGCGAGGGUCUUACAAAUUUGCCAGAAGAAGUGGGGGCAUUAGUGAAGCUUGUGCGCUUCUCAUUGAGGGGGUGUUCUGGGUUGAGUGAACUUCCAAGCUCACUUGGGAAUUUAACCUCAUUGAUGGAGUUAGACUUAUCAAAAACGAGCAUUGCCAAACUUCCAAACUCUAUGAAUGGACUAUUGAAACUUGAGUCUUUUCUUCUGACGGACAAGACUAUGAUGGAAUUUCCCAAAUUCAUUGGAAAGUUAAGAUCAUUACGCUUAUUGAGUUUACCAAAAAAUGGAUCAUAUUCUUCGGAGCAUCAUGUUUGGCAGUUACCUAGUGGCAUCAGCAUGUUGGAAAUUCUUGAAGAGCUAGAUCUCUCGGUGUGUGAUGAAACGACAAGUGAAACUCCCGUUGGAAUUGUAGAUCUAUCAUGUUUUAGAAUCCUAAAUUUAACUAGCACCCAAAUUUGUGAAAUUCCCAGGAACAUCGACGUGCUUCAUCACCUCCAAGCACUAAACUUAAGAAAUUGUCAUGAGAUUCAAGAGUCGUCGGAACUUCCCUCAAGGACAAACAACAUGCUUCAUCAACAUGCUUCAUCACCUCCAGAGUUGGAUUCUUUGUCUCGCCUAGACCUAAAAACCGAUGGAAAGCUUUCGUCCUCUCUGCUGAGAUUGGAUUUACUAUGCUCUAGCUUCAAGUGGGCAGAUUUACUUCCCUCCAGCUUGAUAUUGAGAAAUUUGACGACUUUAGAGUUCUAUUAUGUUGAAGUGGAAGACAUUCCACUCGAUAGACUUCCUGGACUGGAGAGCUUAACUGUUCACAGUUGCGAACUGCUUCAGAGAUUAACCAUUUCUUCAGAGAACCUACGGCAAGCUCACCUGUCAUCUUGUCCAGAUCUAGUUAAUAUAUCUUUUUCUUUUUCGGAAAAAUUGGAGUCCUUCUUCGUUUUUGGGUGCGCAUCUCUGGCAACAAUAAAUUGGUUAGAUCGUAUGAGAAACCUGGAGAAAUUGGAAAUCCAACAGUGCAAUGAACUUACUGAUGUUUGGGGCCUAGAGCAUCUAGAGUCUCUGAAAUCCUUGAAGGUCAGAGCAUGCAUGUCAUUGAGAAGGUGCAUUGAUCCAUCUUGGACAAAUAUACCAGAAGAUUGCCUCGUCGAAAUACAGGGGUGUGGAGACUUUUUCAAAGAUUCCACUCCGAGCGACCCACCUGGAAUGCCUUUGUUGCGUUAUGUACAGGAGAUUCUUCUGGAUAAAUCAAACUUUGAAUCCAAGUCAGACAAGACAGGAACUGAAGGCGGGAAAAAGGCCACAGCUUGGUGGAAAAAAAUUAGGGUUUGGAGGACGAGCAAAGAAUCUGGCAACAAGGAAAUUGAAAAGGAAAAGGAACAAGGAGAGGAAAAGAUGGAACUUCCCUUCACAAUCAGAUUCCACCUCGGAGUAAAGGAGUCCAGCAAGCAGCUUGAGUUUGUUGGUGGAAUUACGAGGGAAAAUGAAGAUGUCACCCCUGAUUCAGUGACAUAUAAACGAUUGAUUGCUAACGUGAAAGGAUUUGGCUUUUGUUCGAAGAGAAUGUGGUACAAGACUCCUGGUGAAUUCAACGAUUUGCCCACAGAGAUCAGAAGUGAUGAGCAAGUGAAGGGAAUGGUGCAACAAGCAUCUAAAAGAGGAUUGAUUCAUUUGUACGUUGAGGGAGGGGUUGACAGUGAGGGAGAAUAUAAUGAUCAGAUUAGGGAAAUGUUUGGAGAGGAAUGGAGAAUGAACACUGAUGUGUAUCCCCAUGAUGGUGGGGCUGAGCGUGACAAUUCAGGUCCUGAUGAAGGCUCGGACUCUGCAUCUAAUUUCCAGGCAGAGUCGCCCAAUGCUGAAUGUUUUGAGGCCACGGGAAAUAGGAGGCAAAUGAGGGAUGGAAGGAUUGGGCACUGUGGUGAUGUUGAUGGAGGUAAAACUGUGAGUAUGGAAUAUCGGAAGAAGGAUAAGGAUGAGAUUGGAAUACCUGUCAACCAAAAUGAUGUUGUCUCAUCGUGUUGCCAAAAGGGUGAAGGAGUUGAACAUUAUGAGAGAUCCCGGAAAGCUACAAUUGAAGUUGAGGAUCAAAGAGACCUUUCUCAUGUGAAGAGGGAUAGAACUGUGGAGACUGACCGGGUGCCUGCAAAAACAGGCAGAGGAAGUGGGACCAGAUGCGCUUCAAACCGAGGAAAGGAUCCUGCAGAAAGAGGCAGAGCAAGAGGUCAGGUGGGGUUGCAGCUUCUACUUCAGGAAAGGACAAAACAUCAAAUUGAGAUCAAGAAGGGUCAGAGGUUCAACUCCAAGAAAGGGCACAGCUUUGAUCAGGAAGGGGCACGACUUUGAGUUUUGGAAGGGGAAUCCGUUCAAGUUCAAGAUGGGGCACAACUAUAAUGGGCGUAAUUUUGAGAUGAAGGACGGACAAAGGUUUAAGCUCGGGCAAGGCUGAGCCUCAAACAUCAAGCUAUUUAUAAGAACAAUAAGGCAAACUUGAACAAGCACCGAAGCAAAUGGAAGAUCUAAGGCAACGCAAGGUUACGAACUCUACUUCUCGGAGAGACUUGAGACCAAUAUGUCCAAGUCUAUUUUCCUUGAAUGUACCCUACAUUUUUCUUAAGGAGACUCAAAACCAACAAGUUGUUUUUGAACGCGGCUCAUCUGUCUCCUCACAUGAGCCAAUCUGUUGUCUCAAUUCUGUUAAAGGUGUUUCCGGUUCUUCAUUUCUGGCCUCUUCCCUUGUUUUAUUCCCAUUCUGUCAAGUUGUUUACCUUAUAACUGCAAGAAUAUCUUGUUCUAUUACUGCAUUCAUUUUUUCUAAAAUGGCAAGUUUACUCCA